GACGGGCCGCGCAGCUGAGCCUUUCAAAACCCGCCCUGGCCGGCUGGCGAGGCGAGCUCCACCGCCGGAGGUCCCCAACCCGCGCUGCGCAGGGGCCGCGGUGGCCCGAGAGCCUGCGGGUCCCCGGACGCGCUGGGGCUGCGAGCGGGCGCCCACCAUGCGCCCCGGCGCGGCGCGCGGGCCGCCGGCGCUCCUGCUGCCGCUCCUGCUGGUGCUCCUGGCGGCGGCGCCCGCGGCCAGCAAGGGCUGCGUCUGCAAAGACAAAGGCCGGUGCUUCUGUGAUGGGGCCAAAGGACAGAAGGGGGAAAGAGGUUUUCCUGGACCCCCAGGUUCUCCUGGCCAGAAAGGAUUCCCAGGUCCUGAAGGCUUCCCUGGACCACAGGGACCCAAGGGCUCUCCAGGACUUCCAGGACUCACUGGUUCCAAAGGUGUAAGGGGAGUAACUGGAUUACCAGGAUUUUCUGGUCCUCCUGGACUUCCAGGCAUCCCGGGCCAUGCUGGGCCUUAUGGACUUCCCGGGUUGCCAGGAUGCAAUGGUUCUAAGGGUGAGCAAGGGUUUCCAGGACUUCCAGGGACACCAGGCUACCCAGGGAUCCCGGGUGCUGCUGGUUUGAAAGGACAAAAGGGCACUCCUGCUAAAGGACAAGAAGUAGAACUUAAUGCAAAAGGUGACCCCGGGUUGCCAGGGACACCAGGAUCCCAGGGUCUGCCAGGCCCCCGAGGUUUCCCCGGGCCCAUCGGCCCACCUGGCCCCCCAGGAUCCACUGGCUUUCCAGGAGCCAUGGGACCUACAGGACCUAAGGGCCACAUGGGUGACAACAUGAUAGGACGAAAAGGAGAGCGGGGUGUGAAAGGAUUAACAGGACCCCCUGGACCACCAGGAACAGUUAUUGUGACCUUUACUGGACCAGAAAACAGAACGGACCUCAAGGGGGAGAAGGGAGACAAAGGAGCAAUGGGCAAACCUGGACAUCCUGGACCCCCAGGACCGCCUGGAGAAUCGUACGGAUCUGAAAAGGGUGCUCCCGGAGAACCUGGCCCACAGGGAAAACCUGGAAAAGAUGGUGCCCCUGGCUUCCCUGGCAGUGAGGGAGCCAAGGGCAACAGGGGCCUCCCUGGGUUAACGGGUGAAGAUGGCAUUAAGGGAUGGAAAGGCGACAUUGGCCCUCCAGGAUUUCGUGGUCCAACAGAAUAUUAUGAUGCCUAUCAGGAAAAGGGAGACAAAGGAAUUCCAGGCCCACCAGGGCCCAAAGGAGCUCGAGGCCCACAGGGUACUAGUGGUCCCCCCGGAGUUCCUGGAAGUCCUGGACCAUCAAGGCCUGGGCUCAGAGGAACCCCUGGGUGGCCAGGCUUGAAAGGAAGCAAAGGAGAACAAGGACCCCCCGGACAGAAUGCAGUGGGGCCUCCGGGGUCCCCCGGGUGUCCUGGGUCACCAGGCCCUCCAGGAUCGCCAGGACCUCCAGGCCCACCAGGUGACAUCAUUUUCCUCAGGGGUCCACCUGGAGAUCAUGGACCGCCAGGCUGCAUAGGGGCUCCAGGAAACCCAGGAGUGGAUGGGCCCAAAGGAGACCCAGGCCUCCCAUGCACACAGUGCCCUUACACCCCAGGACCUCCCGGCCUCCCAGGACUGCCGGGGCUACCUGGCGUAAAAGGAAUCCCAGGAAGGCAAGGUGCAGCUGGUGUGAAAGGAAGCCGGGGGUCCCCAGGAAGUGCAGGUCUUCCAGGAUUUCCAGGGUUCCCAGGUGUUCCGGGUGAUCCAGGACUUAAAGGAGAAAAAGGUGAAACACCUUGGCCUGAGGGACAAGUUGGUGCCCCAGGGGAACCCGGGCUCAGAGGGCAACCCGGGAGAAAGGGCUUGGAUGGAAUUCCUGGAACUCCGGGAGUGAAAGGAUUACCAGGACCUAAAGGAGAACCGGCUCCACGUGGUGAGAAGAGAGACCAGGGUCCUCCAGGGGAUCCUGGCUCCCCUGGGUCCCCAGGACCUGCAGGACCAGCUGGACCGGCUGGACCACCUGGCUAUGGACCCCAGGGAGAGCCUGGUCCAAAGGGCACCCAAGGAGUUCCUGGAGCCCCUGGACCACCCGGAGAAGCCGGUCCUAGGGGAGAAUUCAGUGUGUCAACACCAGUUCCAGGCCCCCCGGGCCCCCCAGGACCCCCUGGCCAUGCCGGCUCCCGAGGUCCACCCGGCAUUCCUGGAUCCAUGGGAAAGUGUGGUGAUCCUGGUCUUCCCGGGCCUGAUGGUGAACCGGGAAUUUCAAGAAUUGGAUUUCCUGGGCCUCCUGGACCUAAGGGAGACCGAGGUUUUCCAGGAACAAAAGGAUCACUGGGUUGUCCUGGAAAAAUUGGAGAGCCAGGGUUACCUGGAGAGCCAGGACCCCCAGGACCCAAGGGAGAACCAGCACUAGCCAUGCCUGGAGAACCAGGAACACCAGGUUUUCCAGGAGAAAGAGGCAAUUCUGGGGAAAAUGGAGAAAUUGGACUCCCUGGACUUCCAGGUCUCCCUGGAACUCCAGGAAAUGAAGGGCUUGAUGGACCACGAGGAGAUCCAGGGCAGCCUGGACCACCUGGAAAACCAGGACCCCCAGGAAGAUGCAUAGACGGUCCCAGGGGAGCUCCAGGACUUCCAGGAUUAAAUGGAUUAAAGGGGCAAGAAGGCAGGAGAGGUGAAACAGGGCCAAAGGGAGACCCGGGGAUUCCAGGCUUGGAUAGGUCAGGACUUCCUGGAGCACCUGGACCACCGGGAAUGCCGGGUCAUCGAGGCGAGAUAGGACCACCUGGUCAAAAAGGAUAUUCAGGAAACCCAGGAUUUGUAGGGCCACCAGGUGAAAAUGGAGUGGUCGGGAUGGUGGGCUAUCCUGGAGCCACUGGCCCCCCGGGGCCACCUGGGAACCCGGGCACCCCAGGUCACAGGGGUAGCCCUGGAGUUCCAGGAGUAAAGGGCAAGAGAGGACACCCAGGAGCAAAAGGGGACCCAGGAGACAAAGGGAACCCGGGUCCGUCUCAGAUAACCCUUUUAAAGGGGGACAAAGGAGAACCAGGUCAAAAAGGAUUUGCAGGAAAUCCAGGUGAGAAAGGAAACAGAGGCAUUCCAGGGUUACCAGGUUUAAAAGGCCUCAAAGGACUACAUGGGCCACCAGGACCACCAGGCCCCAGAGGAGAUCUUGGCAGUAUUGGGAGUCCUGGAGAACCUGGGCCACGUGGCAUGCCAGGAAGCGUGGGGAACAUGGGUGUACCAGGUUCUAAAGGAAAAAAGGGAACUUUGGGAUUCCCCGGACAAGCUGGAAGACCAGGCCUCCCAGGUAUUCACGGUCUCCAAGGAGAUAAGGGAGAGCCAGGUUAUUCAGAAGGUACAAGGCCAGGACCACCAGGACCAACGGGGGAUCCAGGAUUGCCAGGUGACAUGGGAAAGAAAGGAGAAAGAGGGCCACCUGGCCCACCUGGACAUUCGGGGCCUGCUGGACCUGAGGGAUCCCCUGGAAGUCCUGGAAGUCCUGGCCACCCAGGAAAGCCGGGUUUUGAUGGUGAUUUGGGUAAUAAAGGAAUCAAAGGCUUCCCAGGCCUUCCAGGAAUAAAAGGCCUCCCAGGCCUUCCGGGAUUCCCUGGAUCUCCUGGACCAGUGGGUAUGAGAGGUAACCAAGGACAUGAUGGAAUUCCUGGUCCGCCUGGAGAAAAGGGGGAAACAGGUUUACUGAGGGCACACCCAGGCCCAAGAGGGAGCCCUGGUGCUCGAGGAGCCAAAGGAGACAGGGGAGUCCCCGGCUUGCCCGGCCCCCCGGGCAGGAAAGGGCCAGAGGGGGAUGUGGGGCCUCCAGGGCCCAUUGGCAUCCAAGGACUCCCAGGGCCACCAGGUUUGCCUGGUGCAAUCAUCCCUGGCCAAAAAGGAAAUCGAGGUCCACCGGGCUCAAGAGGAAACCCAGGUGAGCCAGGUCCUCCUGGCCCUCCGGGGAGUCAUGUAAAAGGCAUAAAAGGAGAAAAAGGGUUUAUGGGCCAGCCUGGCCGAAACGGUCUACCUGGAACUGUAGGAGACAUAGGGCCACCAGGUCAUCCGGGAGCACCAGGUACCCCAGGUCUUCCAGGGCUCAGAGGUGAUCCUGGAUUCUAUGGGUUUCCAGGCGUGAAAGGAGAGAAGGGUAAUCCAGGAUUUCCAGGAUUAAUUGGGCCUCCAGGGCCAAUUGGACCAAAAGGACCACCUGGUGUACGUGGAGACCCUGGCACACUUAAGAUCAUCUCCCUUCCAGGAAGUCCUGGGCCACCUGGCCCACCUGGAGAACCAGGGAUGCAAGGAGAACCUGGGCCACCAGGGCCACCUGGAUACCUAGGACCUUGUGGGCCAAGAGGUAAACCAGGCAAGGAUGGAAAACCAGGAACCCCUGGACAAGUUGGAGAAAAAGGCAACAAAGGUUCUAAAGGAGAGCAAGGACCACCUGGAUUAGAUGGAUUGCCAGGUUUGAAAGGAAAACCUGGAGACAUUGGAUCACCUGCAACCAGAACAACAAGGAGAGGCUUUGUCUUCACCCGACAUAGUCAAACAACAGUGAUUCCUUCAUGUCCAGAAGGGACAGAGCCACUAUACAGUGGGUUUUCCCUUCUUUUUGUACAAGGAAAUGAAAGAGCACAUGGACAAGACCUUGGAACUCUUGGCAGCUGCCUGCAGCGAUUUACCACAAUGCCAUUCUUAUUCUGUAACAUCAACAAUGUAUGCAGUUUCGCAUCUCGAAAUGAUUAUUCAUACUGGCUGUCAACACCAGCUCUGAUGCCAAUGGACAUGGCUCCGAUUACUGGCAGGGCCCUUGAGCCUUAUAUUAGCAGAUGCACUGUCUGUGAAGGUCCUGCAAUCGCCAUAGCCGUUCACAGCCAAACCACUGAUAUUCCUCCAUGUCCCCAAGGCUGGAUUUCUCUCUGGAAAGGAUUUUCUUUCAUCAUGUUCACAAGUGCAGGCUCUGAAGGCGCUGGGCAAGCACUGUCAUCCCCUGGCUCCUGCUUAGAAGAAUUCCGAGCCAGUCCAUUUCUAGAAUGUCACGGAAGAGGAACAUGCAACUACUAUUCAAAUUCCUACAGUUUCUGGCUAGCCUCAUUAAACCCAGAGAGAAUGUUCAGAAAGCCUAUUCCAUCAACUGUGAAAGCUGGGGAAUUAGAAAACAUAAUAAGUCGCUGUCAGGUGUGCAUGAAGAAAAGACAUUGAAGAAAUCCAAGAAAACUGUACUAUUUUUCAUCCUAAAAGAACAAAGUAAUGACUUGGAACAUGCUUUUAUUUAGAUAUUUUUCUCUAACCAAACAACACUGCUCUAUGAUGGCUUAGUACAAAUUUUCAAUUUGUUUCCCCAUAUAACAAAGCAUUUCUUUUAAGUUAGUUCUGUGCUCUUGGUCUCUAAAUCUGUGCUAUUUCAAAGUUCCCUGUAGCAAGGCAGCAACUUUUCACAAAAUAUUAUUGAAAGUGUAUUCUUCUUGUAUCCAAUGCACUAUCAAAAUGGUGACUAUAUAAAAUCUGAAUGCUGCAAGUUAAGAAAUAUUUGGUUCACUGGAUUCCCAACAUUUGUCCUCUUCUCUAUUCUAGUCUUUGAGACUCAGGGAGACUAAAUUAGUCUUAGAUCGCCACCCAGCCACCCCUUCCUGAAACAUUAGACCCUGGGUAGAGAAGGAAAUGGGGGCAUAAGGAAUACUAAGGCAUCAUGAAUAGAACUGGACUUUCACACCUGUUGAGUAACCUAACAGUUAGCCUUAGGGAACACAGAAUUGACUUGAGGUUCACGGAUUUUCCAGGACUCUUUCAAACAUACCCAAGACUAAAGGCAAAAGUGGAGGUCCCUGAAUGGAACCAUAAUAGCCUUGGAAAUACUGUAUGGUUUUGUUUUGUAUUUUUUAAAGAAAUUUUUGUUUGUUUAUUGAAUUCAUUUCACUGCAGCUAUAAAGCCUGCUUGUAUUCAAAGUAGAUAAAAUUUUCCCCUACUGAAUUAAUUUUAACAGUCUGUUGUUUCACACAUACUAUGAAAUGUAUCCAACUUUAACUUCUCUUUUACAAGCACACUCAUAUGAAUAACAAGGACAUUACUCCUGAAAUGUGCACUUUAUCCCCAUCCCUAUAAAUGUUGGUGCAUGCAUACCUUAUAUAAUUGAAUAGUUCAAUACUCCAUGAACAAAACUUCAGGCAUUUUUUGGCAUAUCGGGCUCAGAACAUUUUUUCUUUGCUCUAAAUAUUUCAUUACUCUGGGUUUCAUAGAUUUAUAUUCCUUUGUUACUUCUCUAAUUCUUCCUUUAUAAAGAACAUGUUUUUAUGUUAUGUAUUCUUACAAGCAUUAUUGAAAGAGUCCACUGUUUAAAAAUCUUAAUGUACAAAUUGUAUAACUUGGCAGCUGUAUGUCUUAAAACUUGAUUUUGAGUGUGUUCAUGCAUUCUCAAGGUUACUAAAUCCAAUUUAACAAGAAUUUUAUUCAGCAUCAAGCCAUGUCCCAGGCACUGUGCUAAAUUCUAAAUCUAGAGAGAGAGAGAGAGAGAGAGAGAGAGAGAGAGAGAGAGAGAGAAAGAAAAGAGACCUGUUUCUGAUCUACUAACCCAGAAAAGGUAACUUAUUGUUCUAAGACUCUCACAUAUGUAAGUUGCUCCCCUCCUCCCCUUUUUUCUUCCUUUGUCACUGUUUUUAUAUUUUAUCAUCACAAAUCAGCAGGCCUGAGUCAAAGUUUAAAAAUAAGAUCUAUGCCCAGGGAAAACCCAGGACUUCAAGCUUCUCUUAGUUAUCCAAGAAGCUAGGGUCUGGACAAUGUUAAGAAAACAAAGAACUACAAAACAUUAAAUACCAUUUAUACUUGAUGAUAGCACUAUUUGAUGAGUCUUAGAGGCCAGGCAUCAUGAAACAAAGCCUUGAAGAUGCUUCUUGAUCCACCUAGGUGGAGUUGGUGGUGCUGAUAUUUAAAUUCAGGCUAUUGCUUCAAUCUCAAUUGCUUUGUAAGUGAAUACAUGAUGCCAGAAGACAGCACAGACUGUGACCAUGGUUUACAUUCUUCACUGCUCACGUGAUUGCUGUCAAGUCAUUUUUACAUCUAAACUAACAUGUGCAGCAUUUUACUUAGACUCAUCUAAUAUUAAAACUUUUCUGCUGUAAAAAUGUUCUACUGUCCCAAUUGUACUGUAGUGGCAUAUAGGGAGAGCUAAUCUCUGCACACCUUCUGCAGGCCAGUAGUUCUCAAAAUGUCUGGGAACUUGUUAUAAAUGCAAAUUCCACAGUCCACUCCAGAACCACAGAAUCAGCAACUCUGAGUGUAGGACCCCAAAACUGUGUUUUAACAAGCCUUCCAUGUGAUUCUGACGCUUUCUAGAGACUGAGAAUAACUGCUCUAGGCAAACACCCAAGAAACGCUACGGGCAGUUCCCAGGCAGGGCUGGCUACACUUGCUCCACCUUUGCCUCUUUUUAAAGUCCAGAAUCACAGAUGACCUGAAGAUAAUCUGCUUUUACUCAUGAGUAAAAGCCCAAGAUUGGUGCUAAUGCCAAAUGACUGGCCUCCGCUAGUCCCCAGGCUUCCUUCUUCUCUUGCCCUCUCAUCAGUAUUUACCUUCUGAGGAAGACAAGUGACGCUAAUGCCUUAAAUUCCAAUGAAGCUAUACGAACAGUUGUUCAGUCAUACUUCUAAGACUUCACUUAGAAGUACUUCGGCAUUAAAAUAUCACUCAUGUGCAUUAUUUUAGAGAUAAUUAUGAAUAGCUUAUAAAAAUUAUGAAGAUGUAACAUUACAGACAAAAUGUAAGAAACUUGUUUUUUUUAAAUUUGAGGCUUCAACCUUGGAAUUUCACAGUGUGCUAAAAUAAUGGAUUUCUCAGAGGUCUUUCUGCAAGAUAAACAUUAUUAAGUAACUUAUUUAUAAAAGUAUUAAAGUAAUGCUUAAAUUUGAAUUUUAUUGCUAACUUACAAAGAUUUUCUAUGUAUCAAAUGUAACUGCUACUAAACUUAAUUUAAUAUUUACUCUAUAACCAAAUGAAAUGUAUUUAAAAUAUAUUGAAUAUUUUAUAUUGUU